GUCGCAACAUGUGUUAAAGCAUGCGCGUUUUAUACACAAACGUUCUGCGGUCUCUUGGUUCAACGUUCGUAUUUGAUAUUCUCUUAAUAACAGUUCUUCCACUACUUUAACAAUUUGGGUUAAUUGCAUUUUUUGCAAAACACAUAUAUAAGAAGCAAUAAUUGAAUUUUUUAUGCAGUUUUGAUUCCUAACAGUGCCGCUAGAACGAAUUCGAUUGGAAAAAAUAUCUUGUCUUCUUAACAAAGAAGAAAAAUCUAAUUGUAAUACAAAUAUAUCUAUAGAAGGAAAUACAGUCGAUUUAAUCGAAAUAUUAACAGAUGGCGACUUACAAACAAACAACUUUUCAAGAAGAUGACGUGUGCUCCAUCGGUGGAAUUCAUCUACAGGAACGUUCUAGAAAUUCAGGAAUACAUAUUCGGUACCACACUGCCAGAGCAGCAAUUAAUUGGGGAUCGCGUAGUAAAGUGGAGAAAUUUCUAUUAGUAGCUUCUAUUUUACUAGCUUUAAUAGCUUCAACGUUGGUCAUAGUAAUACUAUCGAAUAAAUCGCACAGGAGUACGUGUGUACUCCAUAUAGAACCACACACAAAAGUUUAUGAUUUCAAUAUACAUCAAUGUAAUGGAUUGUAAAUGGGGUGAAGUCAAGCUUCUGGGUAUGCGGUUACAGUUGCAAGGCUUUACUCAAUUCCUAUUCUUGCGUCGGCAUCAGUGCUCAGUAACAUCUUUGUACAUAUAUUUUUCUUUGCGAUAACCGAAUACAAAAUUUAAUAUUUUUUUCUAAUUCCAAUUGUUAAGAUCCUGGAAAAUUGAUAUUUACUUAUAUUUUAG